UUUGCGCAUGCUGCAUUUCUUAGUCUCUAGUAUCUCUCCUGGGUUUGUCGCGCGAUACCUCUGUGUAACUUGGGUGUGUGUGGUUUUAAAUAUAUUUCUAUUUUACAUGAAUAUCUCUGCUGUUUAAUCAAACAAGAGAACGAAGAUGGUGUUGGAUUUGGAUCUGUUUCGCACAGAUAAAGGCGGAGACCCGGAGAGAGUGAGGGAAACGCAGGCGAAGAGAUUUAAAGAUGUCACUCUGGUGGACAGACUUGUGGAAGCGGACGGCGAGUGGAGGAAAUGCAGGUUCCGCGCGGACAACCUCAACAAAAUGAAGAACCUCUGCAGCAAGACGAUAGGAGAGAAAAUGAAGAAAAAGGAGCCUGUAGGUGAUGAUGACACGGUUCCAGACAGCGCUCAGAACCUGGAUGAGCUGACAGCAGAGCUUCUCUCUGGUUUAACAGUGAUGCAGAUUAAGAGAAUCCGCGUGCUGGUGGACGAGGCCAUAGUGAAGGGGGAUGCUGAGAGGCUGAGACUGGAAGCAGCGCGCUUCGAAUACCUGCGAGAGAUCGGAAACCUGCUUCACCCGUCCGUGCCCAUCAGCAACGACGAGGACGCUGAUAACAAGGUGGAGAGGACCUGGGGAGACUGCUCGCUUCAGAAGAAGUACUCUCACGUGGACCUGGUGGUGAUGGUGGAUGGGUACGAAGGGGAGAAGGGAGCUGUGGUGGCAGGCAGCCGGGGCUACUUCCUAAAGGGCCCACUGGUUUUCUUGGAGCAGGCGUUGAUCAAUUACGCCCUGCGGCUGCUGGCAGUGAAAGGCUACACCCCACUGUACACGCCCUUCUUCAUGAGGAAAGAGGUGAUGCAGGAGGUGGCACAGCUCAGCCAGUUUGAUGAGGAACUCUACAAGGUGAUCGGGAAGGGCAGUGAGAAGUCUGACGACAGCACGGUUGAUGAGAAGUACCUGAUCGCCACCUCGGAGCAGCCGAUCGCAGCCUUCCUCCGAGACGAGUGGCUGAACCCCGAGGACCUUCCCAUCAAGUACGCCGGCAUCUCCACCUGCUUCCGGCAGGAGGUGGGCUCCCACGGCCGGGACACCAGGGGCAUCUUCAGGGUGCACCAGUUUGAGAAGAUCGAGCAGUUCAUAUAUGCCUCCCCUCACGAUAACAAGUCCUGGGAGCUGAUGGAUGAGAUGAUUGGCACGGCUGAGGAGUUCUACCAGACGCUAGGCAUUCCGUACCGCAUUGUCAACAUCGUCUCAGGUGCCCUGAAUCACGCUGCCAGUAAGAAGCUGGACCUGGAGGCCUGGUUCCCGGGUUCGAGUGCGUUCCGUGAGCUGGUGUCGUGUUCGAACUGCACGGACUACCAGGCUCGCAGACUACGGAUCCGCUAUGGGCAGACCAAGAAGAUGAUGGACAAGGCUGAGUUUGUGCACAUGUUGAAUGCCACCAUGUGUGCCACCACCCGUGUUAUCUGUGCCAUCCUGGAGAACUAUCAGACUGAGGAGGGUGUCAUUGUACCGGAGAAACUCAGAGACUUCAUGCCACCUGGAAUGAACGAGAUCAUCCGGUUUGUGAAGCCUGCCCCGAUCGACCAGGAGAUGUCGAAGAAGCAGAAGAAACAGCAGGAUGGGGGCAAGAAGAAAGGAGGAGCCGGGGGCGUGGAGCCCACGCUGCAGAACCAAGUGGAGAACAUGUCUGUCAACGAGGCCUGAGAACUGGCGUGAAAGCACUGCUCCAUCAGAACCGGGUGUAAAAUAAUACAUCCAUCAGUCGAUCUGUUACACACGCACACACUUCAAUUGCAGGCUGGUCGCUGUUUGUUAAAUAAGAUAAGAGAACAUUGUAGUAACUGCUAGUCUUUCAUUUGUGCCUGUUGGAAUCAGCUGCUCAUUAUACAAGGUGAUCAGAUAUACAAGUCACAAGGCUCUUUCUGUAGUGUUGGUCUUCAGUACAAUAAAGGAAGUGACUGUAAUAAAACUAAAAA